GGUGGUUGUUGUAAGUGACCUCCACUCGCUCUCCACACAUGAAUCUCUAUGAAGCAAGAGGUCUGGUGUCAGACCUAAACUCUCACAGCUCUCCCCACGGGAGCACUGAAAACUUCUGAGGAACCCUGAAGACGUCUUCUGACUCACAGGAUCCUAUCAACAGACAUGGAGCCAAAAACUGACGGUGGAUCGGCUCCGUUGACCAGCGAAGCUCUGGCAGCUGUCGAAGAUGAAGAGGUUCUCAACAAGAUGCUAGACAACGCCGCAGAUUUCGAUGAGAGACGAAUGAUUCGUGCUGCAUUAAGGGACCUGCUGAAGAAGAAGAGGGAGAAGCGAGAGCAGGAGCGAGGGACGAGGCAGCAGGACUUGAGACAGCAGGGCCUGAGCAAAGGAGGGACAGCAGGCGGAGCUGUGAGCGUAGGCAGAGCGUCCAUGAACCAGCCAUCGGCGCACAAACCACCUGGACAGGCCUCCGCGUCAGCCUCCACCCCGUUUAACAGAACAGCAGGCAGCAAGGCCAGUCCUGCUGCAGCCUCAGACCAGAAAUGUCCUGCUGCAGCACCCAACGCUAAAAAUGUCAAACAGAUGCUUCUGGAUUGGUGCCGGGCCAAAACAGAGCCUUAUGAGGGGGUGGACAUCCAGAACUUCUCCUCAAGUUGGAAAGAUGGCAUAGCCUUCUGCGCCUUGGUCCACCGGUUCUUCCCAGACGCCUUCGAGUACUCGAUCCUUAACCCAAACAAGCCCAAGGAAAACUUCCAGCUGGCCUUCAGCACUGCAGAGAGACUGGCAGGCUGCCCCCCCCUGCUCGACCCUGAUGAUUUAGUGAGGAUGAAAGAGCCCGACUGGAAGUGCGUGUACACGUACAUUCAGGAGUUCUACCGCAGCCUGGUGGAGAAAGGCCUGGUGAAAACAAAAAAGCGACUGUAGACUCCCCGAAAAGUCACACACAAGUGGCGUGGCGUCAUCUUGUGUACAAUGAAACCACGCAGAAUGAUUUUUGCGUACUGUUUUCAACUGAAUAUUAUAUUUUUUUCAGUUUAUUCUGUGACCCCAGAUUUGCUCUGAGUAAAAAGCUUGUGAAUGUUAA